CCUCCUUUCUCUUCCCUCAUCCAUCAACUUGAUCUUUUUUUUGUACUCUUCAAAUUAGAAUUAUUUAUUUUUUAUUUAUUAAAUUGCAUUAUGGCGUUAACAGCUGGCCUAGACGGAUUCGAAAACACGGUGGUGCAUGGCCAUGACCAGCCACCACCACCGCCAUCCGCGACAACAGAAGCAGCUGCCUCGGGCACGAGCAACAGUGCACAGGGACAAGAACAGACAACUGAAUCCACCCAGAAUUCACGCCGCCAGGCCUGCAAACCACGUGCAGUGGCAUGCCGUUACAUCCAACAGGGCAAGUCAUGCAAAGCCGGCAACGAUUGCCCUUUUUUGCACCCCAAAUCGACAGCUCCGAUCAGCGACAACGACAAUGAUUCGGAUAACAAUGGUCGUGGCCGAAACAAGGGGCGCAGCAGCAAGACACGAGGCGGCAAGGGCAAGAACAACACCGAGCGCAUGGAUUCUGUUCGCAAGGCCCAAACCGAGGAUCUGCUCAGAGUGCCUGAAUGGACGGUCCAAAUGCUCACCUCUCCGCGCGACGAAUCUGCGUUUGCCGUGGAGAUGAAGCCGUCGGAUCCUGAUUUCCCUUAUGAAGUGAGUCGCUUGUAUAUGGCCCUGGUGAUACCGUCGGUCUAUCCAGCCAGGCGGACGUCGGAUCGGAUUCUGAGAAUCGAGAUUGCCAACAAGAACAUUCCCGUGGGAAUCAAGCGCAACGUCGAGAACGGAUUUUCCAAGCAUGUGCGCAAAACUGUCAAUGCGGCGAUCAAGGUCGGAAACCCCGACGGUGCGCCUAGCCUUGUGGACUAUAUUAUUUGGCUCGACAAGAACUUGGAGCAGCUGAUGCAGCAGAAGGCAGCGCCGACUAUCAAAUUCACCACCUACAUCGAAUCAGGCAAAUCAUCCAAAGCAGAGGAAGCUCAACUAGACAAGUCCAAUGAUGCUGCCGCUGGGUCUGACGAUUCGGGCACAGCCAAUGAGGGUGUAAACCUCGAUAGCAGCCGGCCAGAGUCACGGGUCUCGCAGUCGUCGGCUGCAGCAGCACUCGAACCCCCAGCAUCGCGGCCAGCAGUGAGACGGCCCGUACCCAAACCGCUUCUAAAUGCGAUGGCAGCACCAUUUGAAAUCAGCGGCAUGGAAGACCCCAGGCGGGCCACGGAGCUCUCCCAGCUUGAGCGCCGCUUCCGCGGCAGCUACGCUGUUUCUCGCGACAUCCAAACGUUCAAUGCCACACUCAGCGUCAGUCGCAAGUAUCCGCAGGGGUCGCCCGCGCUGACGCUGAAUAUUGAUUCCUCCAAACUGCUGGGCCGCAAGAACAAACCCAGCACGUGGCAGCCCACUGGCGGUCGGCAGGCCUACUUGGAUUACUUUGGCGAGCAUGUAGUGGAGUCGCCGGGUACAUCCAUUCUGCACCACCUCAAUUGGCUCGAUCGACAGCUGGCAGAAAUGCUCUCCAGCCCACCGCCUGCUCCGGCGCCAGUAUUGCUACAAAGUGCCACUUCUCAGGUAACUCAGCAGAACAUGCAGACGCAGACACCAAAGGGGGCACCUUCAUCGCCCUCUGUCGCUGCCACUGCCAUUGUCAUCUCGAAUAUGCAAAAAACAAAGCCGUACGAGGGUGUGGACGCAGGGAGCGAAAAGCCAUGGAUCAAGACCAUCUCGAUGGCAGAGGCGGGACUGCCAGAGCAGCUGGCCAAUUUGGAUAUGGACGCGGCUGGCAGCGAUGACAGCGACGAUGAUUCUCUCUCUGACAGCGACAGCGACAGCGCAAUGGAAGGCGAAGGUGAAAUAGAUGGUGAGAGUGAAACAGUUGGUGCGUUCUCCAAGCCAAUCCGAAUGGGUAGAAUUCAGCUGACCAACGUCUCCCUCGCGCACUGUCACUCGCUCAACCUUACUGUCCGUUGUGGGCGAUGCAGGAGCACUGUUGAGCUAAAGGCAAUCGAACCAACCCGGCGUGCAGGCAAGGACCAGCAAAUGUGGAAAGCCUGCGACACAUGCACGUCCAUUUUGGGCGUCCGGUUCCGCCCUGACUGGCUGUUCUCCGAGUGUACUACCAUUGGCUACCUCGAUUGCUCUAGUUGUGCGCCCAUCGACCUGCUUCCGUCGAAAUUCACGCUCUCCUGUGAGCCAUGUGCGAUGAACGACGAAGGUGUUAAGCCGGUGGACACCACAGCCAGCGUUGGUAUUGGUGCCACCACCAAUACCAAUUGCCGCACAUGUUAUGCGCGCCUGGGCAUGGAGUUGCAUGAGCCGCACUUUGUCCAGCUGCAGAGCGGGCUGAGCCUGGGUGGCACCGCGAACUCAGCAAAUAUGAUUUCGCGCGAAGUCGAGCGCACGCGGCGGACCAAGGUCAAUAAGCGCGAGGAGCUGGCGCGUCUUGGUGUUGUUCCCGGACAGCCGCUGCCUGACUACGGUGCGUGCAAGCAUUUCCGCCGGAGCAAGCGGUGGCUGCGCUUCCCGUGCUGUGGCAAGACGUACCCGUGUGUGACCUGCCACGAUGACAAAGAGGACCACGACUACGAAUAUGCACAAAUAAUGAUUUGCGGCAACUGUGCCAAGGAGCAGCGUAUCUCAAAGUCCGAGCGGACGGGACUGUGCAUUAGCUGCGGUGCCCAGGUCAUCAGGAAGGUUGACGGCAACAACGCGUUUUGGCAGGGCGGCACUGGCGUGCGCGACCGCACGCGGAUGAGCCGCAAGGACCCGAAGAAGUUCCAGGGCACGAACAAGACUGUUGCGCUGAAAAAGGUUGCUACGCCAAAGAAAUAAGAUAGUAUUAUUUUGAAUAGAAUAUAAUUAUAUAUACGAUGGAAAAAUAAAAUAAAAUUGCUCAGUA